CGUAAGGACGGUCGACUUCGGCGGGGCCCAGGUGAGAAAGGCCCACCUGUGUCCUGUUUGAGGGUCUUCAGGGUUCUUUGGGGCCCGAGCACUUCUCCUUCCUGCCACCAUGUGAAGAAGGAUGCAUUUGUUUCUCCUUCCACCAUGAUUGAUUCCUGAAAUCAUGGAUCACUCACCUAUGCUUUGAGACAUGCUUUAAUGUUUUUUUUUUUUCUGGAAGCCCUGCAACUUCCCUAAAAAUUGAAUGAAUUAUAGGACAGACCUAUGGUGAAGCGACUUCCAGUCAUUUGGAAAGGAUGGGAUGAAAAGGAACCUUGGUGAUAAUUUUGAUGUCUGCAAGAUUUAGUACCAGUGUAAUGGGAUUAUCGAUAACACCUUCACUGCAGAAAAAGCCACCUGGUGCUAUAACUGGCAGCAACCGAGAACUAAUCCUUUCCCAUCUCUUGGAUGUCAUUCAUGAAGCUCAAAGCUAUUUCUACCCUGCUAACUGUGAUUAAUUUUAUAAACAACAACAACAAAAAAUCAGGCCAAUGGUGGCAGAGUCUACAUAGAACUAUGCUUCGUGGUGUUCUGGGGAAAACCUUUCGACUUGUUGGCUAUACUAUUCAGUAUGGCUGUAUAGCUCAUUGUGCUUUUGAAUACGUUGGUGGUGUUGUCAUGUGUUCUGGACCAUCAAUGGAGCCUACAAUUCAAAAUUCAGAUAUUGUCUUUGCAGAAAAUCUUAGUCGACAUUUUUAUGGUAUCCAAAGAGGUGACAUUGUGAUUGCAAAAAGCCCAAGUGAUCCAAAAUCAAAUAUUUGUAAAAGAGUAAUUGGUUUGGAAGGAGACAAAAUCCUCACCACUAGUCCAUCAGAUUUCUUUAAAAGUCAUAGUUAUGUGCCAAUGGGUCAUGUUUGGUUAGAAGGUGAUAAUCUACAGAAUUCUACAGAUUCCAGAUACUAUGGACCUAUUCCAUAUGGACUAAUAAGAGGACGAAUCUUCUUUAAGAUUUGGCCUCUGAGUGAUUUUGGAUUUUUACGUGCCAGCCCUAAUGGCCACAGAUUUUCUGAUGAUUAGUAAUCAUUUAUUCUUUUGACUUGAUUAUUGUCUCCUUUUCAUGUGAAUUUAUUACUCCCGUUGAAACCAUGUACUAAUAAACUAUUUGCUAUUCAGU